AAUUUCUAUCAAAACAAUGUUUGCCAUGUAAAUGUACAUACAUACUAUACUGUAUAUGUACUGUAGAUACGUAUACAGAAAAACGAGUACUUUAACCGAUGCAGUCUUCCUGGAAUUAAAAACCAGUUGUGUGUGUGUAGACAAAGGAACAAAGCAGAGGACACAAAGUAAACCAGUCAGAGGGCGGGAUUUUUUUUUUUUAAGGCAGGGCAAACUAUUUUAUAAGGACAGAGUCUCAGCCCUCCUCUCAUAUCCUUCUCUUCAUUCUCCUCUGAGCUCAACAAGUUUCAGACUACUUUGAAAUCAUGUCUAUGCUAGCGGCAAUCGCAACUCUCAAGAAAGCUUUUGAUAAUUAUGCUGGAAAAGAAGGAGACAAUAAAACUUUGACCAAGAAAGAAUUGGCUACCCUUCUGAAAAACGAGCUUAAGAUGGAAGAGGGUGGCAAUAAAGAUCAAAUCGACACAUUUUUCAAGACCCUGGAUGCGGACGGUGAUGGUGUAAUUGAUUUCAACGAGUAUGUCUGUUUCGUUGCAACCCUCGCAAUGUUUUAUUAAUGAUGCGUAGACUGCUCUUGCCUCUUGUAAUCUUUAAUCUGUCCGCAGUUGUACCCAUGCAUUAAAUGUAAAGUGAUAACUUUCUUUACUACAUGGCUGGCAUGUCACAAAUAAAAAAAAGUCAUGUUUUGAAGCAAUGUUUGUUUAUUAUGAUCUAAACACAAGGCAGAAAUUCUUGAUACAACAAUGGCCUCAACAGGUUAAACGUUCAGUCAUACCACUUUUAGAAGAACAGUACUGUCAUGAAUAAUAACACGUUUUGUAUCGGACACUUCACUAAUUCUUCAGAAAUGUGCAAAUAAAAAAAAUACUGUUCUUACACAAUCGACCGCACAUGCAAAGGUUUGGAGCGAGGGGAAGCCUGAGUACAUGUGGAAAAUGCUCAAGUAAACACAAGUUACAACAUUUACAGCUGAAUUUUGAGGGAAAAGUGGAGUCCUGUUACUGUGAGGCCUCUCCCUGACUAGCUCAUAGCCUCUUUAACUCCUACAACCUUAAGAUAUUCAGAAGCAUUAAGUAAUCCCAGUGGUAUUUUGUACAUUUGAACUAAAAAGGAUAUGCAGCAUUAACCUGAAGUAAUUACAUGACAACUGGGGCCUUCAGAACAAAAGCAACACCUGUACUUCAUCAUCAUUGAAGCCCUCCUGAAGUACUUUUCAAAUGGUCCAUUGAAAUAUGAUCUUCCUAUUCAAAUAACAGGUUUUGGAAAGUUCAUCUGCCAUAAAAAAAUAAAUAGCUAGCCUCCCAUUAUUGUGUUAGUGUUUGCAUGUUUAAUGAGAAGGACGGGGCUUAAUAAUACACUAUUCUCCAUGCACAGCUUUAUAUCUACAAGCAAUUCUCCAAAAAAUGGAACAUGAUUUAACAAAAGUUCAACAUUUUUCUUACACAUUCAAACUGUCUUCAACAGAUGAUUUGGUUUGCUACUAGAAUGAAGGUUUGACAACACUGAUUUCUGUGAUGUGUCAUUUUGAGCAACUGAAUCGGUUGUCACAUUUACUAUAUUUCAGCGGCAGUGAAAUCUUUAGCAGUAAUUAAGUCAUAAAACAUUAAAAUCCAAAUGAUCUGUCUGUCGUGCAUCUAUUUUUUUUUUUUAGUUUAGUCUGAAGGUCACUUGAAAAUCUCCAUAUAUAUAUAGCUUCGGAUUUAAUGGAUGACAUACUCCUGAAAUAAGCAUAUGAAGUACAUGAGCUGAGGGCAGUUCAUCAAGGAAGUUUUUUUUUCACAUAUUGCAUCGUUUUCUUAUGUUACCCGUUAGCAGUCUACAUAUAUGGCAAAACAUACCCUAAAGUCUGGUUUAAAAAUCGAACAGCAAAUGAUAUUUCUGGCUAAUAGGCGACAGAGGACUCAGAAUAUAUCCACAUGGAAUGCGGCCUGGCUUCCUGGGUAAAUCUCGUGACUCAUCGGAAAUUCUCGUUUUCUUUCGGCGUAUCGCAGUCGGUUAGCUUCUCAGUCUGAUAGCUUGCUACAACAGCUAAUGUUUCUGUGGUGUUUAAUGUUAGCGGAACAGGGGCUGAUGAAACUAAUCUUAUAGAAAGAUGGCGGACGUGGAGGGACAGGGAAUUUGUUCCUCUGUCCCGCCGUUACCUCAACCUUCUUCCCGCAUUGGCUCCGGUAGCGGUAACGGUACACCAGAUACCGGCGGCUGCUGCCCAACAGUGACCACCGUUACCUCGGGCCCUCGGCUGGUCCGAAUAGUGAAGUCCGACUCGGGCUACGGUUUCAAUGUUCGCGGACAAGUUAGUGAAGGAGGUCAACUACGGAGCAUUAACGGGGAACUGUACGCUCCACUGCAGCAUGUUAGCGCCGUCCUGCCGGGGGGAGCCGCCGACAGAGCCGGCAUCUCGAAGGGGGACAGGAUCCUGGAGGUCAACGGGGUGAACGUAGAGGGAGCCACUCACAAGCAGGUGGUGGACCUGAUCCGGGCCGGAGAAAGGGAGCUGGUGCUGGCUGUGCUGUCCAUCCCGCCACAGGAGGCCGACUGCCUGGACCCUGGUGACGAUGGAUCUGCCCAGUCCUGCUACGACUAUUCUGACAAGCAGGCCGUGCCCAUCUCUAUUCCCAGCUACACACACACCGAGCUGAUUAAUGAGAAGUUUGUGAUAUACAAUGUGUACAUGGCGGGAAGACAGCUGUGCUCAAAGCGUUACCGGGAGUUCGUGAUCCUACACCAAAACCUUAAGAGGGAAUUUUCUAAUUUCACGUUCCCUAAGCUACCUGGAAAAUGGCCUUUUUCCCUGUCGGAGCAGCAGCUGGAUGCAAGACGCAGAGGCCUGGAGGAGUACCUGGAGAAAGUGUGCUCUGUGCGGGUCAUUGGAGAAAGCGACAUCAUGCAGGAGUUCCUCUCAGAAUCAGAUGAGAACUAUAACGGCGUGUCUGAUGUGGAGUUGAGAAUAGCCAUACCCGAUAAAACUACUCUCACUGUCCGUGUUCGCAAAAACUCCACCACAGACCAAGUAUAUCAGGCUGUGGUCGUGAAACUGGGGAUGGACAGUGUCACAGCCAGCUACUUUGCACUGUUUGAGGUCAUAAAUCACACCUUUGUGCGGAAGCUCGCCCCCAACGAGUUCCCCCACAAACUGUAUGUCCAGAACUAUACCUCAGCCAUCCCAGGAACCUGCCUCACCCUGCGCAAGUGGCUCUUCACUGCACAGGAGGAGCAUUUGCUCAGUGACAACCAGCUCGCUGUCAGCUACUUCUUUCACCAGGCCGUCGAUGAUGUAAAGAAAGGCUUCAUCAAAGUCGAGCAGAAGUCAUAUCAGCUGCAAAAGCUGGCAGAGCAGAAGAAGAUGCCUAUGUACCUCAGUUUGUUGAGGGCUUGUGAGGGCUAUAAUGAAAUCAUAUUCCCUCACUGUUCCUGUGACUCUCGACGUAAAGGCCAUGUGAUCACAGCCAUCUGUAUAAACCACUUCAAGCUUCAUGCCUGCACAGAGGAAGGCACGCUCGAGAACCAGGUGAUCGCAUUCGACUGGGGGGAGAUGCAGAGAUGGGACACGGAUGAAGAGGGCAUGGCCUUCUGCUUUGAAUAUGCACGAGGAGAAAAAAAGCCGCGCUGGGUCAAGAUAUACACACCUUAUUUUAACUACAUGCAUGAGUGCUUUGAGAGAAUCUUCUGUGAGCUGAAGUGGAAGAAGGAGCUGGAAGAGGAGGCUAACGACAAGGACAAUAAGAACUGCAGUAAAGAUGGUAUGUGUGGCAAGAAUAUUUUCCAGCUGCUGAGGCACAGAAGGGAUGGGGCCACGUAGGAAGGGAGAUCACCACCUCUUAAGAACAGCAGCUCAGAUCAGUUUUGGCCACGACUUCGCCACAGACCCAGGAGCGCUCCGCACCCCACAACACGGACAUCAUUUCAACUCCAUUAACUACAACACGUGAAGCUCCUCCCCACACGCAAACCAACGAGCAUCUGCUAACGAACACAAAAAAACUCAAGGGCAUUAAAAGCCACAUGAGUCAUGAACCAGAACUCUUGAACACAGCCCAUCGUAACCCUGCGUUAAGCAGAGCAUCGAGCAUCUACAGACUCAGACCUCUCCUUGGCAGAGACUCAAAGCAGAAUGCGAUGAGAAGGUUUUGAACCUGUUUUUGGUCGUCCUACUUGGAGGAUCAAACUGAACUGAAUUAUGGGCACAUUAGAAAGUGGCAGUGGGUUACUGUCAGUGCUCACUAAGGGGAGCACAGAUAAUUGCAAUCAGCAAGGCUUUGGACUGCUCACAGGAAGACGCACAGUUUGUCUUUUUACAGGCUAGAGCAGAGGAGUCUCGUGUGUUUGUGGAUGCAUGCGAUCCCUGCACCUGCAGGCGGGGACAAACCAGAGCGUUUCCCACAGCUAAAUCAUGCCAAACCCUUACCUCUUCAGUUUGGCACUACAUUCACAAAAAGAAAAACAAUUAACAUGCUGAGAGAUGGUAAAGAAUAAGCUUCUUUUUUUUUUUUGGUGCACUCAGAAGGAUCAUGGCUACAGACCACUUUAGCAAACGGUACAAACGACGUCCAAAUUUGAAAAUGUAUAACCAAAAAAGUGUUAGAUAAGCUUAAUACUGUAAUAAACUGGUUGGAGAAGAGUCCAAAGCCAUGCAUUUAGCGUAUUAGUACUUAGUAUUAAGUGGACACACCAUGCUAAUGUUUUCUGUCCCUUAUUGAGCACAAGCUGCCAACCCAGCAUAGUGUGUUCCAUAUGUGGUGCUCACAGUAGACAGCAGGGGUCCUUCUCUUCCUGUCUGCUCUUUGGAUGGGAGAGAUUGCUUUGUCUCGGGGACCUCCCACGGGAUUUAUAAUAGGCUUGUAAUUCAAAGGGCCUUUCCAUGAAGCAGUAUUUAUUUCUUUAAAAGAGCUCAGGCACGGUGCAUUAAAGGGGGGGAUGGGUUGAAGAUUGCUGGCCAUCUUCUUUAUGUAAUAUGAUAAAUAUGAAAAUGACGGUUCUCAGUCAGCGGCUGAGAACUUCCGGGCCUCCCAGCAGCUGAUUACACAACUUCACUGUGAAAGCACAAAUUAUUUCCAAAUGAGCCCAGCUGGUGUUCUGAAUGAGAAUAAUUGUGAAGCAAAGUUAGGUAGAAUGUGAAAACCUUCCUUUAAUGAAAUCAGCCAGAAUGAUGGAGAGACUAUAAUGAACUAUAAGGUGAAACAAAGACAUUUUACCUAAAACAUUAUGAUGUCAUGAGGACGUAAUAAUCAGUCAAAUGCCCAGAAUCAGCUUGUAGCCAGUAUUCAGUUGCACACCUUUUUUUUGUGUUGGAUUCUUAUCGAUGGCUAUGUCGGAGUUUGUUAUGGUGGCGCUGUUCACAAACACUCUUUUAGUCGAUUGAUAAGCUCAAAGAGACUUUGUUGCUGGGUACAAGAAGUUCAGCUGAAUCUGUUGAAUGUGAAUUCGGCCAAACAUAUUCCUUCAGAUUCUUGUCUGUUUACUAAACCGAGCCCAACAUAAUUGAUUGCCCGGCGCCUUGAAGUGUUCGCCCCCUACAGCUCAGCUCCGCAUCCCUCUCUUACUUGUUCUGGCUACAGUGAAGUGCCAUGUUCAUGAUCUAUUUAGUUGAAAUACAGAAUUACAUCCAGCUAACCAGGUCUGGCUUUAACGGAGUCACAAUGAGAGGAUGGAGAUUGACCACCUGCAAAUCCCUCAACAUGCUGAAAUGUCAAAUUUGAAGAAGAUGCAUCGCUAACUGUAAUAAAAUGUAACAUAUUCUUUUAAAUAAACUGAUUUAUUGAGGCAGAGGUCGUUGUUUUUUGUGAGUGUGA